CAACCCACAAAGCCGAGGCUGGCCAACUCUCCGCCUCGGCCCGAUUUCAGCGUGAGGUCCACCGAGUUCUCACUUCUCCUUAGUUAGGGUUAGGUUUUGUCAUUUGUGCGCCGCCUGAGCUCUAUUCCCUCCCUCCCUCAGUGUCCCUUUCCCCUCUCCUCUCCUCCGGAUUCUUCGCCUCCCCGUCGACGGCGACCGCGGCGGCUCGACGGGUCCUGAGAACCAAGGUUGAACGGAAGAGCUCAUAAAGAGGACCUGGUCUGGGAUUUCUUUGGCUCCCGUCGCCUUCCCUCUCAUCUACGCGAGGUCGGAUCCUCUGCUCUACCAAGGAUAUAAUUGACACUUGACUCAAAUACAAAAUGAGAUUAGAGAAGUGUUGGUUCUGUUCCUCAACCAUCUAUCCAGGGCAUGGUAUUCAAUUUGUUCGCAAUGAUGCAAAGAUCUUCCGAUUUUGCCGAUCCAAAUGCCAUAAGAACUUUAAAAUGAAGAGAAAUCCUCGCAAGUUGAAAUGGACAAAGGCAUACAGGCGAUUGCAUGGGAAGGAUAUGACACAGGAUUCGACCUUUGAGUUGGAGAGGAAACGCAACAGGCCUGAGAGAUAUGAUCGGAAUGUUACAGAGAGCACACUAAAGGCCAUUAAGAAGAUUGACAAAAUCAGAGUGGCUAGAGAGGCUAGACACCAUGCUAUGAGGAUGAAAGGCAAGAAAGCCAUUGAGCAGCAGGCAGCAGCUAAGGAGUUGGAGCAGAGUAUUCAUUUGGUCAAAGCACCUGCUGCCCUCCAAGAGGAUCCUUCCCUCACUCUUCCAAAGAUGAAAAUAAAGGUUUCUCAAUCACAAAUGGAGGACCGCAUGGAAGAAUAAUGUGAAUGCAGGCAAUCCUCUCACAUGGUGGCAUAGAAAACUCAAUUCAACACCUUCUUAUGCUAUGAUUAGUUUAUUAAUGGUGCCUGUGGCUAGUAAAAUGCAGUCCUUGAUAGGAUGGAACGUUGGAUGGAUUUAUCCGCUUAGCUGAAAUUGUCAUGUCUGUUUUGACAGCUUGUUGGUUAUUAUUUGUUGUGAUAAUGGAAGCUUCAAGAAGGGAUCAUAUUCGCUGGUACAUUGGACUUGAUGAAAAUAUACCUGUAUUUUGCAUGUUAUUAAGCAUCGAGAGAAUGGUGGUUCACUGGA